GUGUUCCCACAGUCAGCUGUGUGAAUCUGAAACGCAAUGGAAGAAGUGCCACCGUGGCCUUAAAAAGACAAACCUACAAUUAUCUCACCGUGAAACAGAUUUUGUUUUAUGUUUACGUACAUUACAGUGUGUCGCACUCUAAAUACACACUAUCGUUGUUUAUCGUGUAUAUAUGUACAUAUGCAUUACGUUUAUUUUAUCAGGAUCAGUAUCUGAUAAGCGUUCAAUCUGGAUCACCGCAGCAACAACGGCACGCGCAGAAGAGGCAAGCGCGAGGAAAUCUUCAGGAAAAAGCCCCUUCUGCCCAAAUCCAACAUGUUCUCAAAAUUCACUUCAAUCCUGCAGCAUGCGGUCGAAGCGCUCGCUCCAUCACUGCCCUUGCAAGAGGACUUUGUCUAUCAUUGGAAGGCCAUUACACAUUACUACAUAGAGACCUCAGAUGAUAAAGCCCCAGUGACGGAUACCAACAUUCCCUCGCACCUGGAGCAGAUGCUGGAUAUUCUGAUUCAGGAGGAGAGAGAGAGAGAGUCAGGUGAAACAGGACCAUGUAUGGAGUAUCUUCUCCACCACAAAAUCCUGGAGACGCUCUACACCCUGGGCAAAGCAGAUUGCCCACCUGGAAUGAAACAGCAGGUUCUGGGUUUCUACACCAAGUUGCUGGGUCGAAUUCGCCAGCCUCUCAUGCCUCACAUCAAUGUGCACAGACCUGUACAGAAAAUGGUUCGCCUGUGUGGGGAAGUUCUGGCUGCUCCUACAGAGAAUGAAGAGAUCCAGUUUCUGUGUACCGUCUGUGCCAAACUUAAACAGGACCCUUACCUCGUCAACUUUUUCUUGGAAAAUAAGAACAAACGGCCGGAGGCUGCUAAAGAUGAUGGAGGGGAUUUGGUGAAAGAGGAUCCAUCUUCUCCAGACACAGGACAGAAUCAAAUUCCCAGUCCGGUCAGGUCGGCACAGAAAGAUGCAGCGUGUAAAGCCACCAGUCCAUCAGCAGAAUCUAGUCCGUCCUCUGUUCGCUCUAAGGUGGCAAACAAUGACAACUACAACCUAGUCAGCUCUCUUCUCAACCUUACCAAGAGUCCGGAUGGUCGUAUUGUGGUGAAGGCGUGCGAGGGUCUGAUGCUCAUAGUCAGCUUACCUGAACCAGCUGCAGCCGAAUGCCUGACAGAAAACACAGAGCUCAGUCAACUCCUCACAGAUCGACUGGCACAGUUUUACCGGGCCCUUCCCCAGUCCAUGGAUCCUGUUGACAUCGAAACUGUGGAGUCUGUAAACUGGGGGCUGGAUGUAUACAAUUUAAAGGAAGAUGCUGCUGCUUUUGCUGGCAAACGUGCGCUCAUCUCCUUCCUGUCUUGGCUGGACUACUGCGACCAGCUCAUCAAAGAGGCUCAAAAAACCGCAGCUGCAGUCCUGGCCCAGGCUGUGAGAGAACGGUUCUUCGUUGCUGUAAUGGAGCCUCAGCUAAUGCAAACGUCAGAGGUGGGUAUUCUGACCUCCACAGCCCUGUUAAACAGGAUCAUAAGACAGGUGACAUCAGAGGCAUUGCUGCAGGAGAUGGUGUACUUUUUGUUGGGAGAGGAGACAGGCCCAGAGACCCUGGCCGGCACCACCCAGCAUCCCCUGAGACACAGACUCAUCGAACACUGUGACCACCUGUCAGAUGAGAUCAGCAUCAUGACACUAAGGCUCUUCGAGCAUCUGCUACAGAAGCCAUGCCAGCACAUCCUGCACAACCUGGUGCUGCGCUGCUUAGAGGAACGCAACUACAUAGAGAACAAACAGCCGGAGGAACGAGAGGAGCGAGAGCACAUGGAGAACGGCCAACCGCAUGAUGCCGUAGACCUGGAAGAAGACCCUCUGUUCUCAGACCUUUCUCCUGAUAACAGACUCUCAAGCCCUGAUUGGUUGAGCUGCUCACCGCCACAGAGCACAGAACACACGAGACCUGAUGGGAAGACAGAGGUGCACAAAAUAGUUAACAGUUUUCUGUGUUUGGUGCCUGAUGAGGCAAAAUCAUCCAAUCACGUCGAGGGCACAGGCUAUGACACCUAUCUGAGAGACGCACACAGACAGUUUCGGGAUUACUGUGGGGUUUGUCAGAAAUGGGAUUGGCGCAGCAGUCCUAAACCCUUUGAGAAGUGUAAUCUGGAAAGUAGUUUUUUUGAGGGACAUUUUCUCAAAGUGCUGUUUGACAGAAUGGGGCGUAUCCUCGAUCAGCCGUACGAUGUGAACCUUCAGGUGACGUCUGUGCUGUCUAAACUGUCCCUGUUGCCUCAUGCACAUCUUCACGAGUAUCUGCUGGAUCCAUACAUUAACCUGGCGCCAGGCUGCAGAUCUCUCUUCUCAGUUAUUGUCAGGGUGGUUGCAGAUCUGAUGUUGAGAAUCCACCGCAUCCCUGAUUUCACCUCAAAACUUCUGCUAGUGAGGAAGAGACUGCUAGGGCUAGAGCCAGAAGGCAUGAGCAUUGAUCACAUGACAUUACUCGAGGGGGUCAUUGUUCUGGAGGAGUUCUGCAAAGAGCUCGCAGCGAUCGCGUUCGUCAAGUUCCACGCUUCCACCUCCACUUCUCCUUGAUGUUAUCAUGAAACAUAAACUGAUAAUAAAAACAGACAAAGGGGGAAACGAAAAAAACAACAACUCACUUAUCCCUCAACGCAGACGCCUGCCCGGCGCAGGACUGACAUUCAAGAACUCUUCACGUGUGAUAUCUUUGGGAGGCUUUCGAAAUGGUGACUGAGCUCACUAUUCAGAUACAGAUACGGUGGAAUGUUUAAUGAAAAAAAGAUGAAUGAUUUGUGAACAGUCCUGCUUAUGUAGCGCUCAUACAUAAAGAAAAAAAAUCGAGCUAAAGUAAAAACAAAUGCGAUGCCAAAAAAAAUGAGUAGAUAAAAUAAUCUACUUAAAUUUGAUUGUAGUAAUUAAGACAUUUAAAAAGGCUUCGAUAAAUAUUUUAUUAAUAUUAUUUGUCGUUUAGAGUAUCAAAGAUACUGUCGUCUCUGUUCUUCUAAGAUGAAGUCAUUAGUACUGACAUGAAUGUCAAAUGCAACAAAUUUAUUUGUGAUUUAAAAAGACAAUAACUCAGGAUUCAAAGUCUUAGUUUUUAAACGAUUGGAGAAUCAGAAAGCGUUUUAAGCUCGUCUUCUGUUUCUUUAUGGUGAUGUUCGUAGCUGUUUCUCUUCUUUUAAUCCGAAUCGAAUGCAGUGUGGACUCGUGAUUCAAGCUGAAUUUCACUGAUGUGUUCCUAAACCAUUUUAGUUAUUUAAUAUUUUUUGUUUCAUGUGUGCCUUGGUAUCAGCUAUACAGUAGCUGUGUCCGACCUGUAUCAUCGUAUUUAUUAUUACGCUGACACUUUAUAAUAAGGUUGUAUUUUUUUAACAUUAGUAGAUGCAUAAGCUAUCCCAAACUAACAACAAUUUAUCAUGUUGAUUCAGUGUGCAUUAACAAAUUUUGGUUUUAAUAUUGUAUUAUUAAAUACUAAAAUUAGCAUGAACUAAGAUUAAUAAAUGCUAUAGAUGUAUUGUUCAUUGUUAAUUCAUGGUAGCUAAUGCAUUAAACUGAUGUUUGCAAAUACAGCCUUAUUGAAAAGUGUUACCGUUAUUACUUUAAAUGUACCUUAUAAGGAGUAGUUUACACAAAAAUCUAAGUUUACCCUCAUGCAUUUCCAAUGCUGUAUUAAUCUCUUCUGUGCAACAUGAAAGAUGUUAUGCAGAAUAUCGCGGUGCUGUUUUAAAGCUCAAAACGUAAGUAUUACAAAAGUAAUUAUUAUUAAUAUUUAGAGUCUUCUGAAGCCAUACGAUCACACCCAAAUUUAUAAUCUUGACAUUUACUCCCAGUGCUCAGACCUCCUCCUGACCAAAAUCUUGUUUCAUAAAAGAAAUAAAAUAUGGGUUUGGAAAGCAAUGAGGGUCAACAUUUACAUUUUUCAGUUUGUCUAGCUCAGAGGUGAUCAGUUUGAGUUUAGCUGCUUUUUAAAGCGUUAUGCAUUUACAUGAUCAGACAGUGUGAAAAUAUACCAGCAAUAGUGUUAUUCAUCAGGCGGCUCUCUGAAAGGGACAGACUGUCCCAAAUGCACACUGUGUACAUUUGGCAACGAUGGGGCACAGCUUGAAAUAUGCGUUCUUGUCUUUUUUUUUAAGAGAGCCGGCUGCCUGGGCUUUCCUUUAAAUAACUUGACAUUGUGGCUUUUAUGUAACGUUCUUUACAGGGUUUAAAAUGUUUGGUAACAUAUAUUUUUCUUAAGCUUCAAACAUCAGCUUGCAUUUUCCAUCCACAGUAAAAACAUGUCAAGGUCUGCAUUUACAGCCACAGAAAUUGCACACUAAUGUAUAUUUGUUCAUGUGCAUAAACUCUUUAUUUUCUUUAUUAACCAAAGGAGCAUCAUAGGAGAAGCAUGUCUGUUUCAUAAAGAAAAAAGCAAUGCAUCUUUUUUUAUUCUUGAUCAUGCACAUUUUAUACCGAGUUCUGAAUGAAUUUGGAUCUGUGUAUAUAAAGAUGUACAGUUAUGACAGUAGUGAUGUGUAAAAUGCAUGCAAGGUCAUAUGUUAAUAUGCAGACAAAUGCCUAUUUCUUCUUCUUUUGUUGCCUAUUUAUGGGGAUAUUUGUAAUGCCUUAUUUUAAAAGCAGUGAAUGGUUGUAUGACUGCUGUGGUCUUUGGGUUAUGUAAGAAAAAUACUGGUGUCCUUUUUUUAAGUUGCAAGGGAAGGUAAUCUUUGGUUGAAAAAAAGAUGUUGGCCUUUCUCCUGUUAGCGUAUCUAAAGUUUUGUGUCCUUUAUCUAUGGAUUUCAUCUGCUUAGACCUUUCACUGUUCUGCGCGACAGAUUUCUUCCCAUCACUUGUACAGCUUUUGCUCACUCAUUUUGAAAUUACAUAUCACUGCCAUGGUGUCACAAUAUGACACUUUUUAGAUGCUAAACCGGCACUAUUUUAGGGAUGAGAUGUGAUGUGAUCUCAGUUGCUUGAUUCUGUUAGACCUGUAAAUCUAUGCCAUGAGAUUUGCUCUGUCCUGUGGAUGUCCUUCCGUCCCAAUUAAAACAUUUGCUUUCUUCA